AUGUCAGAGGUCCCCAUUGUCCGAUAUUGGUUCUCACCAACCUACAACGAUCCGACCCUCUUUGUUACUACUUUACUCUGCGUACUAUCGCACCAACGACGUCGGUGGAUGCUGACAGGACAAAAAGCGGAUGGCAGUUUCCGGCCUCAAGACGCUCGAUGGCUGGAUUGGUGUUAUGUCGAAGGGAUCCGGAGGAUCAAUAGAGCUUUGAACAACAAAGAGACAGCUGUUACGGACAAUAUGAUUCUCAACGUUCUCAUUAUGGCCGCUGCAGAUGGUGGUACCCUAUCCAUGGACGCCUUGGAAUCUCCUUUUCAGGCGCCGCUCCGCAGUCUCCAAUGGCUUGAUAUUUACAGUUCCGUUUCAGCUAGUCCGGUGCAUUUACAAGGCCUGACUCAACUUAUUCAUAUGAAGGGUGGCUUAGAAAUGGUCCAGCUGCCUGGUUUGGGUGCCAUUCUUUCCUUCUUUGAGCUCAUCAAUUGCAGCAAGGCCCUUUCACAUCCGCAGUUUUCGUUCAUGUCUUUGCAGGGAAUUGACGAUCCUACUUUAGGCGAGUACUUCAUGUUCGACGUCGAGAGUCUCAAGAAUCAAUACAUCGAGUUGCAUCGUGUAGGGUGCUCUGAAGAAUAUCUCGCCAUAGUCCAGGCUAUACGGAUACACCUCUUGGUGCUGGAUAAAUACAUGAAAGGGCUGUUGCCGAAUCCAGAUCUACGUCAGUUGAGCGAUCGCCGAAAUCUGAUACAACACCGUCUCAUGUCCCUACAGCCUACUUCCCAAUGCGAUGCAGUCCAGGUGAAUCUUUCUGAGGCCUGCCGUCUAUCCACAAUAAUCUUAAGUGUGGGCGUCAUUUUCCCGCUCUCAGGAAAUGAAGCGCCUUUCAUUAGACUUUCAGACAUGUUGAAGGCCGAACUUGAGUACUGUGGUGCAUUGGCCGUACUAUCAGAGCGCCAGUAUACUAACACACUGAUAUGGAUUCUUACCUUGGGCGGAAUUGCUGCGACACGGACCCCUUCAAGGUCCUGGUUUGUAGACAAGCUUAGUACCGUCCCUCUUACCUCAACGACUAGAUGGUUGGAAGUAAACGCCGCAGCAGACGUAGUGAAAGAAAUCGGCACCGAACAUUCCGUCGCUAUUCAUGCGGCCGUGUCUAAGAUUGACGACAUAAAGCGCUUGAUCCUACAGAUCGUCGAGCGAUACGGAAAAAUUGACAUUAUCGUUCUCAAUGCCGGACUGUUAUGGCAGAACGGAUCAUUGGCCAAUGUCGAUGAAGUUGCUUUGACCUCAUCUUUCAAACAAACGUCAAAUGGGGCUUUCCCCCUUCAGGAGGCCGCAAAACAUAUACCCAAUGGCGGGCGAUUUCUUCUUUUCUCGAGUUCGCUCACGGCCGUCAGCAUGAUCACUCCCAAAUACCUUCUUUAUGCGGCGACGAAGGGUGUGAUUGGGUAG